UUGAACUGUAGCGUUGAUAGAAGCAAAGAGAGAAAUGUUCGUUGUUUUCAGUAAUUUUGUGAGCCUCUAUGUAUUUUCGAUAGUUCUUGUUGAUGCCACUAAAGAGAUCCGGCAGAUCAGUUCGCAUUCUACAUUUCGAUUUGUUAAUUUUGUGGAGUACCCUUUCCAUUAUCUUAACACAACAAAACGAAUUCAGGUUUUCAAUGUUAGGAGAGACUUGGACUGUUCCAUGAAGUGCUUUGACACACCAUCUUGCACAUCCUUAAAUAUGGCUUCUGCAGAAGACGAGGACGGCACAUUUUGGUGCGAGCUAUUGUUCGAUAACAUCUUCAACAAAUCUCAAAAUUUCAAACAAAACUCGACCUCUCGUCAUGUGAAAAAAUGGACUCCAUGUAUAAAUGCGCCAUGUCAGAACGGAGGCUCUUGUAUGCCGAACUACAAUGAUGAAUCAUACACAUGCUUUUGUAGAGCUGGAUUUGGUGGGGAUGAUUGCCAAAUUGGUUGCCACGCUAACUGGACAUUGUUCAAUAACCACUGCUACAAGUAUUUCCAGGACCAUUUAAGAGGGUAUUCUGAAGCCAAAGCUCAAUGCAAAACAUUUGGGGCUUUCUUGGUGACAGUGCAUUCCAAAGAAGAAAACGAUUACCUGUGGUCACUGUUCUCCCCAAGUGGCCAUGCCGUCUGGGCUGGAGGAAACGACGAGCAAGUGGAAGGCUCUUGGGUCUGGGAGGACGGAGUUGCAUGGGGCAGCUUUGUAUUUUGGAAUAGAGGUGAACCUAACGGAGGAUCCCGAGAAAAUUGUAUUUCAAUGCGUCACCAAGAUGGCAAAUGGAACGACUUGCAUUGCACCACUUUAAGCUAUUACAUUUGUAAAAAUUGACAUAACAAUUAUUGUCUUAAUUUACGAUGCACAGAAGUUAGUGCCACGCACACAUUCUACUCAACUGCAUGCUUAUUAAUUGUCUAAUGCUGAUACUUUUUCCAAUUUAUCCGAGGAAAAAUUGUUUUGUGGCGUUUGUGGGUUGUGGUUAAUGGAAGGACUAGUAUUGCAACUCUUAUUUCGAUAACAUACGUAAAAAUUACAUGGUUUACAACUACUUCACGUUUUCACCAUUGCUUUAAUCGAUCAUAUAUGAUCAUAAUUCAGAAACAUAGGACGUUUUCAGUGAUACGGACCUGAAAUAAUGGUGUGGGACUGUAAUCCAUUUUUCUAUAAUUUAAUGAUUGAGUGCUCUAAAAAGAAUAAUAAAAAUUAUCCCAAAACGGCCUUUGA